AUGUCAAAGGUGGAAGCAUCAGAAGCAUUAGUGGAAGCAAAAGUUCCAUUGUUGAAAAAUAAUAUUGAUGAACAUGAAAAUGAGGUUUUGGGAAGAAGGGUUUGGAAUGAGUCCAAGAAGCUCUGGCACAUAGCAGGUCCUGCAAUCUUCAACCGUGUUUCAAACUAUAGCAUGUUAGUCAUCACUCAAGUCUUUGCUGGCCACCUAGGUGACAUGGAGUUGGCUGCUACUUCCAUUGCUAUGAAUCUCAUUCUAGGCCUCGACUUGGGUAUCAUGUUGGGUAUGUCAAGCGCUUUGGAAACUCUAUGUGGACAAGCAUUUGGAGCCAAACAAUUCAACAUGUUAGGAAUUUACAUGCAACGUUCAUGGAUCGUUCUUUUCAUCACAGGAAUUCUCCUUUUACCUCUUUUCAUCUUUGCAACACCAAUCUUAAACUUUUUUGGACAACCACAAGAGAUAUCUGAGCUAGCUGGAGUGAUUUCAAUGUGGCUAAUACCAACUCACGUGACUUAUGCAUUCUUUUUUCCUCUUUAUUUCUUCUUGCAAAGUCAGCUCAAGAAUAACAUCAUUGGUUGGGUUUCUCUUGUUGCUUUAUUGGUUCAUGUUUUUCUUUGUUGGUUGGUUGUUGUGAAGUUUAAGCUUGGUGUUAUUGCUCUUGUUGCUUCUGGGAAUGUGGCUUGGAUUGUUUUGGUGUUUGGUUUUUUUGGGUAUGCUGUUUUGUGUGGUUGUCCCUUAACUUGGACUGGUUUUUCUAUGGAGGCUUUCUUUGAUCUUUGGGAGUUUGCUAAACUCUCUGCUGCUUCUGGGGUUAUGCUCUGCUUGGAGGUUUGGUAUGACAAAGUACUCAUGUUGAUGACUGGAAAUCUACAUAAUGCAAAGAAAUUUGUAGAGGCUUUAACCAUAUGCUUGACCCUAAAUAUAUGGGAGUUGAUGUUUCCUCUGGGAUUCCUUGCUGCAACUGGAGUAAGGGUAGCAAACGAGCUAGGAGCAGGAAAUGGUCAAGCAGCAAAGUUUGCUUCAGCAGUGGCAGUGGUGACAUCAAUUAUAAUAAGUGUUUUCUUCUGGCUCUUGAUUAUGAUAUUUCGUAGACAAAUUGGCUAUUUAUUUACUUCAAGUGAACUUGUCAUUGAAGAAGUAAAUAAGUUGUCACCCCUCUUAGGCUUCACCAUUCUUCUCAAUAGUGUUCAACCUGUUCUCUCAGGGGUGGCUAUUGGAUCUGGGUGGCAAAAAUAUGUGGCCUACAUUGACUUGGGUUGCUACUAUCUUAUUGGGAUGCCACUUGGGUUUUUGAUGGGUUUUGUUUUUCAAUUUGGAGUUGAGGGACUUUGGGCGGGGUUAGUUUGUGGUGGACCAGCAAUUCAAACUUUGAUAUUGGCCUGGGUUACCAUUCGUUGUGACUGGAACAAAGAGGCCGAAAGAGCAAAGUUGCAUUUGAGUAAAUGGGGAGCACCAAAUCAUGCACAAAAGUGAUACUUUCUGCACAUGCAAAUAAUAUAGGUGGGAUUAUGAAAUUCGUUUUGAUUGGGAAAUCUGAUACAGGGUGCUAAGAGAUGGAGCUAAUUAUUGAAUAAGUUUCCAUGAAAAAGAACUUGGUUUUUGUUCUGAAUUGGUUCAAGUUUGACAACAUUUAAA